CUCCCGGCAUCGGACUCACCACAUGCUCUGCCUCCAGGUCCUGCCGCAGCUUCUCGCGGAGGUACUCGGCGCUGAGUUCCAUGACCACAGCCCGGCGGGGCCACAGCCCAGCGUGCACAGAACCUCGCCUCGGGUCCCGCCACCUCGCUUUCCGCCCUCACUGCAGCCACUUCCUCCACGCCGCUCACUUCCGCCCUUCCUAGGGCGGCCUCGAAGGCAGCGCUUCCGCCUCCUGGCACCCCUGACUUCCCGUCGCUUGAGAGGUUCCCUUCCAGCAGUUAGCCAAUCCGAGCCAGACUGGAGGACGGCCGGUCGAGCGGCCCUGCUUGCACACCCUCCUCCUGCCAGCAGGCGGCGCACCAAGUCGCUCUGCCGGUUUUCCAGAAAUUUGCAGGACCAUUCUCCCGUGCUUUUUCCUAAGCCAACGUUUUGCAGUCCUGGCUACCCAGCCCUUUCCGAGGUCACAGAAACCACCCCCAACUCUGGACCUUCAACCCAGAAAGUCCGGAUGGAACAUGCGGCAAGACCAGGGCGCUUCUUCGGUGUCUACUUGCUCUACUGCCAGAACCCUCGGCAUCGAGGUCGCGUUUACGUGGGAUUCACUGUCAAUCCUGCUCGUCGGGUCCGGCAACACAAUGCGGGUCGCAAAAAAGGUGGCGCCUGGCGGACCAGCGGGCGAGGACCUUGGGAUAUGGUGCUGAUCAUACACGGUUUCCCGACUGCUGUGGCUGCCCUUCGGUUUGAAUGGGCCUGGCAACAUCCUCAAGCUUCGCGGCGCCUGACUCACGUGGGGCCACGCCUGCGCAGCGAGGCCGCCUUUGCCUUCCACUUGCGCGUGCUGGCGCACAUGCUCCGAGUUCCUCCGUGGGUGCGCCUUCCUCUAACACUGCGCUGGCUGCGACCUGAUUUCCGCCAUGAACUCUGUCCAGCGCCACCACCACACAUGCCCAUUGCCUUUGGACCGCCGCCACCCCAGCCCUUGGUUCCAAAACGACCCGCUGUAAGUGAGGCUGGCAGCGAGCGACAGCUGGAUCUAGGUGUCAAGGCCAGAUGCACGCUGUGUGCUCUUAUGCUGCAGGAUGAAGAGGGCCCCUUGUGCUGCCCCCACCCUGGUUGUCCCCUAAGGGCCCACAUCAUCUGCUUGGCAGAGGAGUUCCUACAGGAAGAGCCUGGGCAGCUUCUGCCCCUAGAAGGCCAUUGUCCUAGCUGCAAGAAGUCACUACUUUGGGGAAACCUGGUUGGGCAGUGCCACGUGGACACUGAGGAGGAAGAGGAUUUGGAAUUAGAGGAGGAACACUGGACAGACUUGCUGGAGACUUGAUUGAUCCUCAGUGUCCCCAACCUUCCCCUGCACCUUUUCUGGUCUUCAGGAAUUGGCAGCUUUUACUUGGGCACAAUCCAAAGGCUGAGUUAAGGGUACCCUCUGAUGUUUUCUCGGCCGGGCGGGAAGGGAAGGAGUGAAGUGGAGGCUUUGGCCUGACCAGGACGCUUCGCUACCUCCCUUAUCUUUCUCAGAGGUAACAGCUACUGUGUUCAUUCACUUUCCCGUGGCUAUGAUUAAUGUCGGGACCAGCAACUUGGGAGAGGAGGGGACUUGUCUCCUAUUACACUUCAGGUACCAGCCCAUCAGUGAAGGAAGUUUGGGUGGGAACUCAAGACAGGAACCCAGAGCAGAAACCACGCAGGAGGUUGCUUAUUGGCUCCAUCUCUCUGGCUGGUGCUUCAGUCAACACUCAGUCUCCCGAUUGAGGAGCCCUCCGAUAAGGCAGGGCUGUGUAAAGUUGACAGCUGAAACUAAAUAGGAGAGAAAUCAAAGGCUCAGAGUAUUGCCUGCGACUUGGAGCCUCUGUUGGGAGCACAAAGGUCCUUGUGCUCACACGCAAGCGCCAGGCAUCUCCUGGAAAGCUACCAGACUCUGCGACUGGACUCUACCCCAAGAGUUCACUAAUGCAGGCUAGAGAGCUGGCUCAGCGGUGAAGUGGCUGUUCUUGCAGAGGACUCAAGUUCACUUCCCAACACCCACAUAGUGUCUCACAACCACCUACAACUCCAAUUCCAAGGGAUCCAUCCGAUGGCAUCUUCUGGCUUCCGAGGCACAAAGGCACACUUGGUGGUCAACAGAGUACACUGCAGGCAAAACACUCACAAAAAUAAAAUAAUAAAGUUAAAUUAAAAACAAAA